AUGGCCGACUUCAUCAAUGGGGCGCGUGAAGUUCGCCAGGAGCGCAAGAGAUGGGCAGCAAGGGACUCAACAAGCCCGAUAGAAGGCAGCAACAUCGACUUACUACGACUUCUGGAAUAUCCUCAACUCCUUGGAAAAACGUACCUCGACCAUGCCGGUACCACAGUAAGCAGCUCAAGCGGAAAAGACUCCUACCCGGGCGUGAGCUGACCUAAGUUAGCCUUGGGCGAAGAGCCUCACGAACGAGUUCGCACAGAUGAUGACAGAAGAUCUUUAUGGAAACCCUCACUCAGAGUCGGCUCCCUCAAAGCUCUCAGACGCCAAGAUCGAAGCAACACGAGUGAAAGCGUUGCAAUUCUUUAAUGCAGACCCGGAGCACUUCGACCUGAUCUUCACGCAUAAUGCCUCCGGAGCGAUCAAGCUUGUUCAUGACUGUUUCCGCGAUCAUGGCAUCGAAACAUGCCGCAAUUGGUGGUACGGGUACCACAGAGAUGCGCACACUUCUCUGGUGGGCGUGAGAGAAGGCACGCGCAUGCACAGGUGCUUCCGGAAUGACAAGGAGGUUGAUCUGUGGAUUGAAAGCCGUGGUCUCGGAGGAGCAGCGCCGCAUGACAUCGGCCUGUUCGCCUACCCGGGACAGAGCAACAUGACCGGCCGGCGGCUACCUCUUUCCUGGUAAGUGAGCUCGUCGACAAGAUUGAUUUCAACAAGCACUUACCCGCUCUCUCUUCAGGUGUGCUGGUGUUCGCAAACGUGUCAAAGGAGAGGUAUAUACGCUGCUAGACGCUGCAGCGCUUGCAUCCACAGGACAUAUCGACCUCUCGAAUCCGGCAACAGCACCGGACUUUAUGGCAGUUUCCUUCUACAAAAUCUUCGGCUUCCCCAACCUAGGCGCUCUCAUCGUCCGGAAAGCCUCUGCAGGUAUCCUCAUGAGCCGCAAAUACUUCGCUGGUGGCACAGUUGAAAUGGUCAUCGCGGUAAACCACUCCUGGGUCUCCAAGAAAGUCACCAUCCACAGCAGAUUGGAAGACGGCACCUUGCCUUUUACCUCCAUCUUCGCCUUGGAUCUGGCAAUCGACACGCAUCGGAAACUAUACGGUCCCGCUCCGAUGAAGUAUAUAUCCAUGCACACGAGCCGUCUGAUCAAGAAAUUGUACGACCAGAUGGUUUCCCUCAAACAUAGCAACGGUGUCCCCGUGAUCCAGAUUUACAAGGAGAAGUCCGCGAUCUACGGAGAAUCGCAUCUGCAGGGCGCGGCUAUCGCAUUCAACAUCCAGAAACCCACGGGCGGGCUCGUGUCUUUCAUGGACGUGGAGAAGGAAGCCAACAAGCAAUGCAUUUACAUCCGGAGUGGAUCCUUAUGUAACCCUGGUGGGAUGGCACACCACCUGAACUGGUCGCCGAAGGAAUUGCGGGAGGCGUACGAUGAAGGCCAUCGAUGUUCGGAGCCGCUGGCUGAGGUUUUCGGCAAGGCAAUUGGCGUUGUUCGCGUGAGCUUGGGAGCCAUGAGCAACGAUGAUGACGUUGAUAGGCUCGUCGCAUUCAUCAAAGAGCGCUACGUCGACGCCAAAGAUGUUGGCAAGGGAGCGCAUAUUGCGAUUCCUGAGCUCAUGAGGCCUGCCAGCACCACGACGACGACGACAACGACGACGACGACGAAAGAUCUCAAUGGAUGCAUUCUCCAGGUCUCCGAGGAACCCAGAACUCCUGCAGCAUUCCCGCCCAUCCCGCAGAGAGUCCAGUCGGUCGGAGCCGGGACGCUGAUGCCGCCCCCGACGACGCAAGAUCGUUCCGAUUCCCAAUCCGUGCGCGAGAAGAAGACGACCAUGAGCAUGAAGUCCCUGUCGAGUCUGGCGAGAAUCCGUCGGGUGAGGCGGAGUAUCAUGGGCGUGCUGUCUUUAAGUAAAAACAGCGGCAAGGACACGCUAAGGGAUGCUUGCGGAUGA